AUGAACAAUACCGACCCGAACCACCGCAAGGCCAUCGUCGGCAACCCAAAUGCAAGCUUCUGGCUCUAUGACUCCAAAACGGGCUUCAAUCUCACGCACCCAGCGACACCCUCCUCGCCCACGCCCUCGCCUAACUACACAGUCAAAACAACCACCCUCCCUAUAACGAUCCACCCCCCCAUAUGUGCCCUUGUGAUAAUCGACAUGCAGAAUUUCUUCCUGUCCCCGAAUCUCGGCCGCCCAAAAGAUUCCAAGGGCCUCGUCGCUCAGCAGCAGCUCCUCAAGUAUGCCAUCCCCGCGGCUCGAAAAGCAGGGAUCCGCAUCAUCUGGUUGAACUGGGGCUUAACAGACCAAGAGGUCGCCGAGAUGCCGCCGGGCACUCUGCGGGCGUUCGGGUUCGAAACCGUUCUCGCCUCCGAGUUCGCAUGCUACGACAAAGUCCAGAGGAAGCAAGCGGCGGUGGACUCGCACGGGGUGAAUGAGGGGUGUCACCAAUUUCCAGACCCUCACAUUGAGACGUCGGGCAAGAACCCCAGAAUCUACAAAGGACUGGGGACUGAAGUGGGCCCCGUGGUGCUCGACGACGGGAGCACGAUCCAAGGCGGUCGACUAUUGAUGCGCGGCACAUGGAAUGCUGACUUGACUCCGGAACUAAAACAGACCUACGAGGCCGACGGCAAGAAGGCGAAUCCGCCAGACGUCUGGAUCCAUAAGAACCGCAUGUCUGGUCUGUGGGGCCAAAGCACAUUAUGUACUGAAUUCCUCGAGAAAGAGGGAAUCAAGACCUUGUUCUUUACCGGGGUCAACACCGAUCAGUGUGUCGGUGGGAGUCUUCAGGAUGUGAGUUCUUUUUCCAUCAUCGAUCUGCCCCCCCCCCCUCCUCUUGCAUCUACAUAUUUUAUCACAGGGGUCUUGAAUCACUACCAGGUUCUAUCAUGGCUGAUUCUCGAUGUUGUUCGGGACCAGGCUUACUCGAAAGGUUACGACGUGAUUUUGCUCGCCGACGGCGCAGGCACGACGAGCCCGGCCAGCAGCCAGGAGAGCAUUGAAUUCAACUGUGCGAAGACGUGGGGUUUCUGUACCUCCUGCAAGGACUUUGCCGAGGGUUUGGGCCUUUAG